UCCAACAUGGCGGACCACGUGUAAAAAUCAAGACGUUCUUUUUACGACAUUUAAAAAUUUAUUCCAGCGUCAGAUGUCUUAAAAAAUGGACGAAAAAGAUGCUACUGCUCCUAUAGACCAGAGUAGUGCCCUACAGAAGUGCAUUUCGUUAUUUAAAUCAGCGAAGAACGACAACGAGAGGUUCGCUUCUCUGCUUUUGGUGACGAGAUUAGUCAAGUCAAGUGAAGUCAAUGGCGAAGAGAGACGAGUUUUAUUCGAUGCCAUUGGAUUCACGUUUAUUAACAGGCUUUUGAAUACUACGACUAUCCCUGAGGAUUGCAGUGGAGGUGUAUAUCAGUCCCUAGCUGUUGCUAUCUUGGCUUGUUUUGCUACGGAUGAAGUGUUAAUUCUACAUCCUCAAAUGGUUGCCAAAAUUCCGAUGUUAAACCAAAUCAUUUCCAAUCCGUCAUCUGAGAAACCAGUCGUAGACGAUGCGUAUCAGAUUCUUGUUUCUCUUUCCUCGACAUCCAAAGGUUCUGACGCUUUACUUAAGAAAGAAACUAUCAAAUAUUUAUGUGAAAUCAUAAGCAAAGAAAUCCUAGAUCCACAUAUGGCUUGGAUUAUGCUGCUAAAUAUGGCUACGUUUGUUCCUAAAGAAAUGUGGUUAAAGCAUCCCAAGGACUUGAUCAAGCUUUUAAGCUUCAGUGCUAAUAAAAUGAGAACACUACAAGACAUGGAUAAAUUUGCAAUAUGCAAAAAUAUACUUGUUUUUCUUUCGCAUGCUGAAACGGCAGCAUUCAGAGAGGCAUUGAAGUCUUUUGAAACAGAUGAAUGGAUCGUUGAUUCGUGUGUUGGACUGAGAGAUAUUCUACAGAGUAAAGUAACCACAGUUCAAAGAGACCCUGCUUUAAUGCUAGUAUCAGUGGUUACAGAUUUGAUGGGGUGUGGCCUCAAAUGGGUCUUCCGUCAUGACGCAGGGAGCAAAAUUAACACAAGUGCAUUUUUUAUUCUCGUUGUUACUUCUGUGUCUGUUGAAAUAAGAAUUAUAUUGGAUGACAACAGCACUGAAGAGAUAAUUGAAAAAUCCACACUCUUGACAUCUUGCUACAACAUCAUGGAAAAUGUCAUAGCAUACCUGAUAACUGCCGACACCGAAGACGACAACYAUAACCAAUCGGCAGAGAUGAUACCCAGACUGGAACAGGGGAUGAUAUCAAAGCUGUACACCCAAGUAACAGAAGCAAUGAUGUCUGUUCUAGCCUUUCUUCAACAGGGAGCUAUGAAUUAUGAAGAUGGAGAGAUUUCUGAAGAGGAGCGGCAGUUGGUGAUUGCAUCAGCUAGAGUCCUGUGUGCCUGGUUAGCUGAGGAAUCUAUGGCAUUAAGGAAAGAGGUGAAUAAGGUGCUGCCUUUUCUGGUAAGAAUCGCUAAGGAUACAAUGGUUUCAGAUACUGAAGACAAAGGCACUAAAACCGAAGCUGUAAAGACAGUCACCUUUGAAGAACCAAUGGAGACAGAGAGUGCAGAACAGAAACAGCCUAUAGAAAUGUUACCAUUCAUGUUGCCAGCGAUGUGUCAUUUUUCUGCCCACGAUGAAUCAAGAAAAAUCCUUGUGGAGAACCACACACACCACAUACUUGUCAAAUACUACUCACUUCUCUGGAAACGCUUUCUCAAAGAUUCAACCACAAGUGCUAACUCCAAGACAUCGAUGGUGACUUUGCUUGGUGUCUUGUUAAACUUUGCUGUUACUGAACCAACGCUUGUAAAAGAGGAUCAGAGUUUUCUUGAAAUUCAAAGGCACAUCGUACUUAAUCUGCCUAUGUUAGAGCGAUAUUCAGAAAAUGUUGUUCUAGUUGCUCAUUUGGUGGUUCUUGGGCUUAUGUUGACCAGACAACAAAAGGAAUCUAAAGAUUUCUCUAAUCCUGAGCUAAGGCAGUUUUUCGAAUCAAGUUUAAAUUUCUUGAAAGAGGCAAAUGGGUGCUUGCUUUGUGAUGAGACGGCUAGUCCAUUGAGGAUUGCAUGUCAGAAAGACUGGAAGAAUAUCAGUGAGUUGUGGUUUUUGGGUGUCCAGGUGUUGAAGGCUUGUGCAACAGAGGUUCAAGGCCUUGAUGUGUUGAUGAAAGAAAAUAGCUGGCUGGAUGAUGUUAAACUUGGAGAUUAGAAAACAUGGUCAUGACGUUACAGCGCUAACAUUUGAACCGUGAACUCUUCAAUUUUUCAACAGUUUAUUGGUGAUUUUUAGAGCCACCAUUUUGGAUGGAUGUAAGAAAAGAUUCGUCAUUAUUCUCUUUUGCUAUGUCAUCAAACAUGGGCACCGUCUAAUUUGUUAUUUCAUUCUCUUGAACUUUCUACUGUUUCAAACCCUCUAAGGCCCCGUCCACACUAUGCCGGAUAAAUUUGAAUCCGAAUUUUUAUUUAUUCAGUGCUAUAGGCAUA